GGCCGCAGGUAAGACUCUUCAGCUCCGCGUUCAGAGCAGCAGCGGUAGCCGGUGAUGGCGGAGUCCCAGCUCGAGGCUCUGGAAGACGGGCAGAUCCCCCCCGCGGUGCCCGAGUCCCGGCCGCAGUUCUAUUACAGCGAGCGGCAGCGGGUGGCGCUGGAGCAGCUCAUCACCGGCGGAGACGGAGCCUUCAAGACCUACCUCAAGGAGGAGCAGAGCCACGACUUUCUGUCCGCGCGGGAAAUCAAGAACAUCACUGGAAGCUUCGUCAAAUACCAGGAGGAGGAUGGCGGAGGUGCAGGGGCGGAGAGGGGUCCCGGCGGGGCCAAAACGGACUCCAUGCAUUCCACAUACUGGCCGCAGAUGUCCGACACCGAGGUGCCGCCGCUGGACAUGGGCUGGCCCUCCUCCGGGCUCUUCAAAGGGGUCACCCGGGUGUCGGUGCACACACACCCGCCAAAACCCAACAGCCCGCACAUCAAAGAGGUGGCGCGAAAACUCAUCCAGGAGGCCAGCAAGGUGAUAGCGAUUGUCAUGGACCUGCUGACGGAUCUCCAGAUUCUGCAGGAUAUCUUUGAGGCGUCUCAGCGUGGCGUUCCCGUCUACAUGGUGCUGGACCUUCUCGGAGCGCCGCACUUUCUGGACAUGUGCAGCCGUAUGCAGGUCGGCGCUAAACAGCUGCAGAAUGUGCGGACGCGGACGGUGAGGGGCGUCGGGCUGAAUCUGUCCAUGGGCAGAAUACCUGGAAACGUCCACAGCAAAUACAUGCUCAUCGACGGAGACAAGGUCAUGUUCGGGACCUACAGCUUCUGCUGGAGCUCGUCUCGGAUGGACAGAAACAUGAUUACGGUGAUGUCAGGGCAGAUUGUGGAUUUCUACGAUCAUGAUUUCAGAGAACUUUACGCCAACUCAGACAAACUGGAUCUCUUUAAGGAGUUUCACCUCAGCAAACCGCAGACGGGGACUCUGUCUCGGGCCGCGGUCUCCAAAAGGCCUCCGGCGGCCACCUCACGCUUCCAGGUGAAUCUCGGAGACGCGACCCGUGGAGAUCUGAAGAUCCCGGCGCACAAAUACCACAAUCCCAAAUAUCUGCUGGCUCUGGGGCAGAUCCCGGGACCUGCGGAGCCCAUGCAGGAGUUCCUGAAGACCAUGGAGCCACAGAAUCCCGAAGACCUGCUGGAGGACCUGCAGGGGGAGCCGGAGAACCUGCCGGUAGAGACAGAGAAGAAGAAGAAAAACAAAAGACAGAAGAAGAAAGAGAAGAAGAAGAAGAAAGGGGAUAAUACGAGUGACGUGGUUAUUGAUGAUAAUACAUCUAAACACGCAGAUGAGAACUUUGAGAAAACAAGCAUGAAGAAGAGAAGUUGUUUUUGGCGCUGCUUUGUGAAGUCUAAAUGAGGAUUUAUUCACUCGUACACUUUUAAGGGGUCAUGAACUACCUCUGUAUUCAUUUUGUAUUGUACUUUGAAGACUACUACAUCAGAAACAUCCUCAUUUACAAGUAUUUCUGUGCUGAUUUUGACCCUCAUCUCAACUUUCAGUAUAAUAGGACAAUUGCAGACGCCCAUUGCUCUGAUUGGCUGUCAUUUUUGCAUAUUAAUAAGUCUAAACUGACAGUAAAGUAUAAGUGGGUGUUGAUGUUCCUUGGGGGCGGGGCUUAUCCACACUAUUACAUCAUAGAGUGGAAUAUUCCAGAACCUGUUGUUUUUGUCUGCAAUAUUAGCUGAUUAUACAGGAGCUACAAAAUUCUAUUCUAGUGCAUCCC